AUGUCUUUCUUUUGCUUGAUUACAGUCAGGAGUCACAUGCUACCGAAGUACAGACUUCAGAGAUGCGAGAAAGUGAGAGGCAUGUGUAAGACUUUCUGCAGUGAUGAUGAAUAUGAUUAUGGCUACUGCAUCAAAUGGAGGAACCAGUGCUGCAUCUAA